GAUCAGUCGUGCGAGAUGAGAUGAGAUAUAGGGACUUCGUUUGUGGGGGUGGGAGGUGUGAAUUUCUUUACUUGAAGACCUUCGUCAUGGCAAUGUCGCAGACUCUGAAUCAUGUUGUGAUGGCGAUGGUGUCGAAUCAGUCGUGUGCAGGUGUGUGUUCGUGUGUGUUUCGGGUUUGAAGAGUGAAUAAAUGGUGUUUCCUGUGAUUGAAAGCUG